AUGGAAGAUGAAGAGGAGAUGGAGGAUCCACUCCUUGAGCCAAUCCAGGUGAAUGUGUGGGAGCCCAGGCUCCCUCCAGCCCCAGCCCCAAUCCCCCAGCCCAGGCUCCCUCCAGCCCCAAUCCCCCAGCCCAGGCUCCCUCCAGCCCCAAUCCCCCAGCACAGGCUCCCUCCAGCCCCAGCCAAUCCCCCAGCCCAGGCUCCCCCAAGCCCCAACCCCCCAGCCCAGGGUCCCCCAGCCCAACCCCCCAGCCCAGGUUCCCCCAGCCCCAGCCCCAACCCCCCAGCCCAGGUUCCCCCCAGACCUAACGCCCCAGCCCAGGUUCCCUCCAGCCCCAUCCCCAACCCCCCAGCCCAGGGUCCCCCAGCCGCAACCCCCCAGCCCAGGUUCCCCCAGCCCCAACCCCCAGCCCAGGCUCCCUCCAGCCCCAGCCUCAACCCCCCAGCCCAGGGUCCCCCAGCCGCAACCCCCAGCCCAGGUUCCCCCAGCCCCAGCCCCAACCCCCAGCCCAGGGUCCCCCAGCCGCAAUCCCUCAGCCCAGGUUUCCCCCAGCCCCAACCCCCCAGCCCAGGGUCCCCCAGCCGCAACCCCCAGCCCAGGCUCCCUCCAGCCCCAGCCCCAACCCCCCAGCCCAGGCUCUCCCCAGCCCAGGGUCCCCCAGCCCCAACCCCCCGGCCCAGGCUCCCCCAAGCCCCAACCCCCAGCCGCAACCCCACCAACCCUAACGCCCUAGCCCAGGGUCCGCCCAGCCCAGGCUCCCCUACCCAAUCCCCUAGCCCAGGCCCCUCUACCCCAACCCAUCCAGCCCAGCCCAGGCUCCCCCAGCCCCAACCCCCCAGCCCAGGCUCCUCCUACCCAACCCCCCAGCCCAGGCUCCCCCACUCCAACCUUGUAGCCCAGGCUCCCCCCUACCUCAACCCCCCCAGCCCAGGCGCCCCCUACCCCAACCCCCCAGCCCAGGCUCCCCAAUCCAACCUUGUAGCCCAGGCUCCCCCACCUAACCCCCCAGCCCAGGCGCCCCCUACCCCAACCCCCCAGCCCAGGCUCCCCCAAUCCAACCUUGUAGCCCAGGCUCCCCCCUACCUCAACCCCCCCCCCAGCCCAGGCGCCCCCCUACCCCAACCCCCCAGCCCAGGCUCCCCCAAUCCAACCUUCCCAGGCUCCCCCUACUCCAACCCUGUAGCCCAGGCUCCACCCAGCACCCAACCCCCAGCCCAUGUUCCACCCAGCCCUAACCCCCCAGCCCAGGCUCCCCACUACACCAUUUCCCCAGCCCAUGUUCCACCCAGCCCCAACCCCCCAGCCCAGGGUCCACCCGGCCCUAACCCACCCAGCCCUAAUCCCCCAGCCCAGGGUCCACCCAGCCCUAAUCCCCCAGCCCAGGGUCCACCCAGCCCUAAUCCCCCAGCCCAGGCUCCCCACUACACCAAUUCCCCCCAAUCCUCGGGUCCAACUCUGACCCCUCACCCCCAGCUCUCAUCUACUCCCACCCCCUUCUCCCUCCAGGGUCAUAGGGACACCAUCUCAUUAAAGGCUGCCUGA